GAGGAGGAGGAGGCUCUGCCUCUGAGUGAGCAUGGCAGCCACAGUCCACAAGGACAAGCGCUUCCUCAUCUUCUUUGACUUUGACGAGACCAUUGUGGAUGAGAGCAGCGAUGACGCUGUGGUGCAGGCAGCGCCUGGGAAGCGGCUUCCCGACUGGCUGAGGGACUCAUUCCGGCCCGGGCGCUACAACGAGCAGAUGCAGAGGGUGAUGGCGUACAUGGCAGAGCAGGGUGUGGCCGAGGAGGCCAUUCGUUCAGCUGUGGAAGCCAUGCCCGCGUCGCCUGGCAUCCUCGACCUUUUCCAGUUCCUGCGUGCCCACCCCCGGGACUUUGAGGUGGUAUUGGUGUCUGAUGCCAACGCAUACUUUAUCGAGGCCUGGCUGCGCAGGGUGGGAGCCCGCCAGCUCUUCCUCAAUGUUUUCACCAAUCCGGCCAGCUUCGAUAGCAGCGGCAGGCUGCUCCUCCUUCCGUACCACUCCCACGACUGCCCGCGUUGCCCCGAGAACAUGUGCAAGAGGGCCAUUGUGCAGGGUUACCUGGCUCAGAGGACACGGGAGCGAGGGCGCCCUUUCCAAAGCGUCUGCUACGUGGGCGACGGGGCCAAUGACCUUUGUCCCUCGCUUGUACUGGGGCCCGGUGACAUGGCCUUCGCUCGGCGGGACUAUCCCCUGCACAGGCUGCUGACAGAGGUGCAGGCGGGUCAGCCCUCUGGCAUUAAGGCCACCGUGGUGCCCUGGGUGACGGGAGCGGACGUGGUGGUUUACCUCAAGGACCUCUUAGAGCAGAGAUGAAGUGGACGAAAGGUUGACGGUGCAGAAUAGGGCGGCGUGGUGGCACACCUCUGCAGAUGCAUGCAAUACUGCACACGCACACACACAUGCAAGAUCACAGCCAGAGGCAGAAACUCCUGGAGCAGGAGGAUGUGGACUAAACAAGUUGUGAUCCACCCUGCAAGUCACACACACCUACAGAAGGUCUCCGAAUGUGCCUCUACACAGAGGGAGCAGAAAGUUAUUGCAUGUUUUGUGCUGGGCUAGAACUUGCAUUUUUUGGCCAGGGACAUAGACAUAUGUACACACACACACACACACACACACACACACACACACACACACACACACACACAUACACAUGCAGAAACACAGCAACUGGGUCUUCGCGCAGAUAGAGCGUAAGCUGGUCGAAAAGUUUUGUCUUGUGCUCCACCAGACACACAUUCUUUGGUGUCUGACACACGACCCCGGUUGCCUUGAGAAGCUCACCUCUCAGUGCCAUAUCUGUAAGAAGCCUGGAGCCGCACACACACUCACAGGCCAAAGGUCAGAGCUCCAGUAGGAACGCGUGUGAAUCCAGUGGACUGGCUGUCCUUGUGAAGUGACCCAUGGGCACACACAUACCAGGCCUCUGGUGAGGAUGUUGCCAACCAUGGAUAGAAAGCUUGCUUUUUCACGUGGUUAUUCAGAAGGCAAGUCCUUUUUAAUCACCUCUGAAACACUGUCAGAUACAAGCCAUUGUUUUAUUUGAAGUAACCAAAGUUUUAUGUAAUGUGACUUGAAACACUCCUCAGAGAAGCAAGAGAAGCCAGUAUAAAAAACACAAAACAUUUUAAGUACCCAGUCAAUAAAAUUCAGUUUGUCAGCUGAACACAGGCAACACUCACAAAUUUUCAUAGCACUUAGAUGUUUCUGGGAACCUUGUCUGUCAUUUUCAGGGUUAGGGUUCCUGUCCACUGUAGUACCUGUCAAAUUUAGUGUCAGAACGUUUUAAUGUUGCAUUAAUUACAUGAGAUGCAUAUAUUAGCUGUUUAGUCCUGUAUUAACUAUAAUGAUGAAUCAUUUCAGCCUAUGACAAAAGAGAACGUUUUAUGAAUUAAGUCUCUUGGAUAAUAUUUCCGUCCUGGCCGUGGAACAGUAGACUAGAUUUUCACCCUUUCGCAGAUAAUUGAGGGGCCAUGGAAAUUCGCUGAUCCAGGCUAUAUGUGUUUUAUCGUCUUGGAGAAGGGUUACAACCGUGUUCCCUGAGAAAUUCUGUUGGAGGUGCUUCAAGAGUACAGGGUACCAGGGGAAACACUGCGGGCCAUUCGGUCUCUGUACACACGGAGCGAGAGCUGUGUCCACAUACUCGGCAUUAAGUCAGGCCCGUUCAGUGUCGGUGUUGGACUCCUCUAAGGUUGUGCCUUGUCCCCACUCCUGUUUGUAGUUUUCAUGGACAGAAUAUCGAGGCUGAGGCCCUGAGGUCAGCCCAAGACUCGUUGGAGAGAUUAUAUGUCCCGGUUGGCCUGGGACGGCUGGGGAUCCCCCGGGUCGAGCUGAAGGAAGUUGCGGGGGGUAGGGACAUCUGGGCUUCUCUGCUCUCCCUAUUGUCACUGUGACCCUAGCUGGACAAGUGGUCUGGAAAAUGGAUGGAUGGAUGG